AUGCCGUUAUCUCCGCCAACAUGUGCGCGGGCUACUACGGAGGGGAAAGCGGUGCGCGGGGUUGGCGGCGCGCGGAACGCAGUGGGGAUGGCGGCGAUGUCAGACCCGCCGGCGUGGCGGCAAUCCGCCGACUCGGAGUCGGAGGUAGAGGAGUGGUGCAACGAUGGAGCGCCGCGCGCGGUGGAAGCAAGUGGCGGAGCUGCACUGGGCGGGGAGGCUGGCACAACGAGCGGAUGCGCUGUUGCAGUAUGCGGAGGAGAGAGGGCGCAGAGUCCUAUUCACAUGGACCGUCGAUCGGACUGGCCAGAUCGGAUUCUGGAAGAGUGGUCGUGGAUGCGUCCGACGAUGGCUGACGUGGCGUUUCAAGAGGAGUGUGACGUGGCAUUUCCAUUGGAGCGUGACACGGUGUUUCAAGUGGACCGUGACGUGGAGGAUGAGAGCAUGUCACAACUCUUGAGCGGCGUGAAGCUCACGGGGGAAACGACGGGGAAGGCGACGGUCUCGGAGGGUAAAUCACCCUUGAAUUGCACAACUGUAGAAGGCAGUAAUUCGGGCAGCGGCACGCCCUGGAGCAGCGAAGGCAAGGCGGGAGUGGACGAGUGUCCAGGCCAUGGAUUCAACGACGGCUUGAAGGGACGCUUGAAUGGCGGCUCGGCGGAGCGUUUGGAGAGCUUAUAUGAGGGGCUGCAGGGCACGAGGACGGGAGGAGGCGAGCUGUGGAAGGCGCUGUGCAGUCUCGGCAACCGUGAGUUCAAGCGUCCCAGGAGUGGCAUUUCCGGGAGCCCACUGGCAGGCAGAUGCCGUGUGCCGCUUAUGCCUGGCAACCUGCCGAAUGGCACCCGCUCCAGCACCUCUGGCAGCCCCGGGAAUGCGUUUGGGGCACGACUUUGCCCUGGUUCGCCCGUGGUUGCUGCUGGUGGUGGUGUUGGUGGUGGUGGUUCGUGUUGUCCCCUCUGCGUUCCGCUGUCCUGCAACACCACCUCUGCACGCUCUGGCUUUGCUGCUGCGGUUCCUGCACCUGCACGCGCCUCUGGCCCUCCUGCUUCUGCCCCUUACCCCGCUCCUGUUCCCGCAGCUGUUGCCGUGAAUGCGAAUGCCACGCGCCAGAGAUGGGGACACUCUAUCACAGCGGGAGCUGCAGCCUCGCUCAGCAACAGAUCGCCUCAGCCUCGCCAUUCGUGCCUCUCCUCCUCCCGCUCUGCCUUGGUGCCCUCGUCUCGUCAACCCUCCGUUGGCGACCGGUUGGUCAGGGCGCUCCUCUCCUGCUCGCAAGGCUUUGGGUAUCUCCUCUGCUGUGCCGCUUACACUAGAGAUGCAACUGGGACGGCUGCUGGAGCAGUGUCAACAGGAGAUGCAGCAGCAGCAUCAGCAGCAGCAACAGCAGCAGCAGCAGCAGCAGCAGCAGCAGCAGCAGCAGCAGCAGCGUCGGGCAGUAGCAGCACCACCAGUUCCAACAGUGCCGCCUCUGCCGUAUGGCAAAGCAGCAAAGGCACUGGUGCCAUGCUGUAG